GACUCGCAAUUUUGCAAUUUCAAGUCCAAAAAGAUUUGCGCCGAUACUUCCGCCGAUUGACACUGAUCUGGAAUCUAAUCGGGAAGAUCUUCCCACGGAUACCCUCUUUUAUACCACCAUCUUCGCCUUUGCUGUUUCCAUCGACGCCCUCGCUGCUCGCCAUUGUGGACGACGCCCAGAGGCACUCAUCUACAUUCUACUCGAUGGAAAAACCGAACUUUUCUCAUAUUCCUCCUUCCUCCGAGUCAGCGUCCACCGUUAGGGUGUCGUCGCCGCUCAAUCCUUCUUCUCCCAGGCCUGAAGGCCGACGUCGAGGGCAUUCAGUGUCCACGCUCAAAGAGCUGCCUACUAGCCCAUUAUCGUCAGUGUCCACUUCAUCCCUAGCCGCUGGCCUUCUGGACGACAAAGAAUCUUCCUCGUUUCGCUUGAGAUCUCGUUCCAAAUCGCCAGGUGUCAUCGACGAAUCCGUCUGGAAGAAGUCCGUUGGAUCCCCUACGCCUCUUGGGGAGUCGUCGCUGGCAUGGUGGGGUAAAGGCGAGUUCAUCGCGAGACCAUGGAAGGAAUCGCCAAAGCGCAAACAGUCAUUGCCCGCCGGGCAAGAAGAGGGUUGGGUUUUGACUCGACAGCGCGUGGCUCAAGCGGCAUCAUCCAUCCUGGGUAAUGCUCUAGAUGUUGGCCACGAAGCACUUCUGUUGAGUCAAGACUUGCUUGAAUUUGCUCCAGUUCCAGGCCUGCAAAAUAUCGCACGAACGUUACUUCAGAUAUGGGACUCCCUGCAGCUGGUAGAUAUGAAUCGUCUACAAUGUCUGCGUUUGACGGAACGCUGCGCAAAUAUCCUUCUGUCGAUUCGGCAGGAGAUACAUGAAGCAGGUGACAUGGUUGGCGCUGAGUUGACCCUUCCUAUCUCGAAGCUUACGGACGCAUUCAACGAGGUCCUCGUUUUCCUUCAAAAACAAAUUCAUCGUCCUUUCCUCAAGCGCUAUCUUAGACGAGAUGAGAUUUUGAGGCAAAUCGCCGCAUGCGAUUCCGGAUUGCAGGACGCCAUGGAAACGUUUGGUCUCUCUAUCCAAAUUCGUAUCCUCAAGCAGGUUCAAGCUUCAGAACAGAGAAGACAGAAGGACACAGAAGUCAUCAUUGAGUCGUUGAGACGAUCCAGCGUGAUUUCUAUGGACAACGCCCUCCAACUUACAGGCAUACGAGAAGAAGAAACUACGCCCAAACUGUCCGCCCUUUCUGGCCUCCCUACUUCUAGCUCUCAUGCGUCAUUAAACGCUGGCCCUUUCAAAUCUCCUUCUUCCGCGUCACUCUCUUCUCCACCUGAACAUCACCUGUCCCUACCUCCGCUCCCGACACCUAGUUCUUUGUCCGACACCCCACCCCUACCGAGUUUUGUGUCACCUUUCCCGACAACGGUCUUGCCAACUCUUAAGGAAUUAAGCGCCAAGCAAAACGAAUAUGACAUGGCGAUGGAUACAGCCGAUUUGAGGGCACUGCUACGGAAUGCACUAAGCGCUGGUAGCGAUGUGCAAAUGGUAGAGACAUUGGGCGUAUCAAGAGAGGAGAUGCCUGAGGCUAUCAAGACAUUGCAGAGGGCGCUGGAAAGAAUUGUGGAGAGACAAGGGAGUUCUUUUGCUACGGGAGACGAGGCUGACGUUGAGAGUCACGGCACAGGCGGAGAUGCCCCUCUACCAGCAACGCGACUGAUGACGCCUGAAUCGGUUUCCAGCACUGGGCACAACCGCGGCAAGUUAAUCAAGAUGGUGAGGAGGAUUAGCAUGCAGGGAAAGGACGCUGUGCCGGCUAUCGCAGGAGAAAUAAAGAGAUCGAAAACUAUGUCGACAACCCGGAGUUCAACAAGUGACAGUAGCACAGAGAGCAGAAGGAAGCGUCAAGACAUUUCUCCCGUGGAGAGGGAAGACACAUUGGAUCAAGAGUUCAUGGAGAGUGGUAUCGACGCAUUGCGGCGGAUGAGUGAAGGCGUCGAGACAAACCUGAAUCUACCAAGCUGGACCAUUACUCGAUAUGAAGUCGACCGCGAGCAAAAGAUCGGUAUCGGAUUCUUCUCUGACGUUUAUCGAGGAACCUGGCGUAAACAAACUGUUGCUAUCAAGGUUCUUGCAGAGACGACCCCGCGGAAUCUGUUCAUCCGAGAGGUCGGAAUCUGGAAGACGCUCCAACAUCCAAAUGUACUGGAACUGUACGGUGCCAGCAGUGCAAGUGGUGAUCCGCCUUGGUUCUUUGUCAGCCCCUACCUGAAGAACGGGACGUUGGUGGAGUUCUUGCGAAGAAUGGAAGGGGGCAGGACUAGGACAGGGAGCUUACCCGAUUGGCGGAAUUCCAUGGGUGCAAGUCCAGGGAAGACCAGAGAUGCGAAUCAAGGAGUAGGCCUUGGGCUAGGUCUGCCGACUGGUAGGGGAAGAAGUGGUAGCGGUAGCGGGGAAUCGUUGACAGUCGAUGCUGGGAAGGGAUGGGACCUUCUGAAGUUCAUGUAUGAAAUCGCCAAGGGAAUGGCAUACUUGCACAGUAAGGGCGUGUUACAUGGGGAUCUCAAGGCCUCCAAUGUUCUUGUCGAUGAUCGGCAUCGCUGCGUUAUUUCUGACUUUGGUCAGAGCGAGAUGAAAUCGGAAGCCUUUCGGAUCAGCGGGACACCUCCGCCUCACGGCACAUUGAGGUGGCAGGCGCCGGAACUGAUGAUGGGUCUGAGUCAGCUGACGACUGAGAUGGACGUGUAUGCCUUCGCGAUGUGCUGUAUCGAGAUUUUGUCAAUGGGACGAAUGCCUUGGCCUUUCAUGGACGAUGAUGCCGUUAGGCAUUUUGUUCUUAGGGAAGAUUCUCGUCCCGUCAUUCCAACGACGCGUUUCAGUACAUCAGCUUUGCAAGAACUGCUUCGAGCGUGCUGGCAGAAGGAUCCGUUCCUGCGUCCAAACUUCUCUGCGGUCGUUCAAGAGCUAAAGCAGCUGAGAAAAAGCUCUGGAUUACCUGAGGAGAUCAUCUCGCCGAAAUUCCCAGAAUGGCAGGAAAGUGAAUUCGAGUUCCGCGUUUCGCGUCCGAGUCCCGAUAUGCAUCCUAUACCUUUGUUCCCCGGCACGCCUCCGCGCGAAUUGGCUCUUGGUCCGCUGCAAGGUUCUCCUUCUUCAGAUGCGGCAUCAUUCCGUACCGCUCGAGAUAUGUCGUCGUCACCGCCUCUUCUUUCCCGAGACGCUCCCGUCCGCAUGCCUGAACCCAUGGCAUAUAUUUCGUCAGCACCUUUGAGCCGUGCUUCUUCCACCGCCGAGUCGACCACCCCCAGUACUCAGUCAGAAGAGGAAAGCAUUCGCAGCAUGCUUGAAUACGACGGUUACGUUUCACCACCUGUCGCCGACCAGAGAAUUGCUGAGGCACGUGAUGAACGCCGGUACAGGCUACUCCUGACCCACAAGUUCCAUCCGUCUCUCACUCUGCCGUUAUGGACCCCGUCCCAGGUCUACCUCGGUGCUGUUGGAUACUUACAGAAGCCGGAAGGUGCCUUUGUAACCUUGUUUAACUGUGUUAAUCCAGAGAAAUCGCCUGAUGGGCAUCCGGCUGGGAUGCCUUCGGUAUAUGGAUAUGGCAAGGUUACGGCGCAGAGUCAGCGUUUGGACCAACGUAGCGCUGCCCAAAGGGGACUCGAGGCUUUUACCAACAUCUUCAGGAAGAAUGAUGGCAUAUCUUCGCGGCGAUAUUCUCACCCACUUCGUGCCGGACAUAAGACCGCCUUUCUGUACACGGAGACGACUGUUUACAAAUAUAUCGAGAACCUAGAUGCCCCGAAGAAGUGGUUCAAGGCUAAUAUUGACGAUAUCUUGGUGACUUACGGGGCCCAGCAUCAUAUCCAGAAGGAGGACCUCUUUCUAGUUAUCGGAACUUUGACUACGCCUGACUACGCGCUGUUUGCCCACUUUAAUGUUCUCCCCCCUAGAAAUGGUCAGCCAUGGGGCGCGAUCAAAACCGAUAACGAAGUUCCCUCUGAACUCGGUGGUCCUUCCUAUCAUGAAGAUCUUCCUUUCGUGUCUACCCACAAAGUAUCCGUAAACGGCUCUCCAGACGCCACUGUUCUCGUUGCCCGGCUACGCUUCAAACCUGAUGUUUUGGAACCGACGUCGCUGUAAACCCCUUAAAUUAUUCUGCAUUCCUACUCCUGCUUCUCAGCAUUCAAACUAGCUUCGGAAACAUCCAACAUACGUCUGAAUACUCUGGCAUCUCGCAUUCUAUGGACUCUGAGCAUAUCUUAUUCUGGCAUCACUAUUAUUUGUAACCACCAUUCAUAUCCUUCCGUUCAGCUACCCGAUUCUAUUGUAUCUAGAACCGCAAUGCACCAGAUCACCUGAAGAGGCAGCUGUCGCACCAGAUGUCCACUCUGUGAAUGAUGAUGAUGAUUUUGAUUCGCACACCGGGGUGCAAAUCUAAAAUUUUCCCUAGCGACUCUAUUAUCUGUCUAUUUUUACGAAGUAUGAUAAUCGUGGCCAAUUUCCUGGGGCACAACGAUGGGU